ACCCUAUCCGGGGCGGUCCCAGUCCGGACCCCGCCUCCAGGGGCCGCGGCCAGUCCCCCAACUACUUGCCUGUCCACCGCGCUCCAACUCCCGAUCCCCGAAAAGAAUUCAGGUGUCUUGGUUCUCAAUGUCCUUUCCGGAGUAUCUCCUCCUCAGACUCAUCCCUGCAGCUCAGCCUUUUUAGUUGCUUGCGCUUCUUCCCCCAAAGCUCUGACUCCCCUGCCAAAUCCCUUGGGCCUCCCAGAACUCGGGCAUCCUGCUCCAUCCAAAUGCCCGUUGCAUCUUUUUCCAGUCCCCAAUUCAUACCCUGAAAUUAAGCGAUUUCUCACUCGGAGAAACGCGAAGUUCUGCUUUUUCAUCCCCAGGUUCUCUCAGGAAGCCCAGAUGCCUGAGUACGGGGCUGGGGUCUCUGCCCCUCCCUGGGGAAGGCGGGGUCGCCAGUGACGUCACGGGGGCAUUCGCGGCCUUUAAGACCCCCGCCUCCGCCCCCUUUCCCCAUACUCUAUCCUGGUCUCUGGCUGCACUCCUUUCUCUUCUAGGCAGGUCUUCUUUUAAAUUUCAUCCAUGGCUUCUGCCGGCCUCCAGAUCGUGGGCAUAGUCCUUUCAUUAUUGGGCUGGAUAUCAACGAUAGUGGCCUGUGCCAUGCCCAUAUGGAAAAUCACAGCCUUCAUUGGCAAUAACAUCGUGGUGUCCCAGGUGACGUGGGAAGGCCUCUGGAUGAAUUGUGUGGUCCAGAGCACCGGCCAGAUGCAGUGCAAGGUGUAUGACUCCCUGCUGGCCCUGCCUCAGGAUGUGCAAGCAGCUCGAGCCCUCACUGUUGUGGCUCUGCUUCUGGCCUUGGUGGGCCUGCUCAUCUACCUUGCUGGGGCCAAGUGCACCACGUGCAUAGAAGACGAGGAACCCAAGGCUCGACUAGUUCUGGCUUCAGGGAUCAUUUUCCUCAUCACCGCAGUCCUGGUCCUGAUCCCUGUGUGCUGGACUGCCCACGUGAUCAUCAGGGAUUUCUACAACCCUCUGGUGGCUGACUCUCAGAAACGGGAGUUGGGACACAGCCUCUACGUGGGCUGGGCAGCUGCAGCCUUAUUUCUACUAGGUGGGGGGCUAUUGUGCUGCACUUGCCCCUCUGGCAGCUCAAGGGGCACAAGCCAUUAUGUGGCCCGAUACUCUGCUUCUGCUCCUCCCCCAGGGGGCUCCCGAGGUCAUUCAGAAUACCCAACCAAGAAUUAUGUGUGAAUCUGGAAGAAAGGAGGUGGAGGAGGAUGUACGACAAGUGACUCCCUCACAGAAGGGAGAUGAUCUUCCCCUGCUUCCCUUCCAAGAUGAAACGACAGGUGACCCCUGUCAGUCUUGGAGAUUUUUGGCUUUUUUUUUCUACUAAAACCCCUUGGAUGACUGAGCCAAAGGAUGAUUCCACAUCCCUUCCUUGUCUUUACUGCUGCUACUGAUACUAAAGUCUUCCAGACAUCUUUGGAUAAGGAGCUACAGAUUCUUUCCAAGAACUCCAGCAUCUUUUCCUGGAUAAUGGCACCACAAAGAUCUAUGCUAUUUCUCUGAAAAUGGCUAGAAUCAUCUUUGAUUGUGGGACUGAAUUUUCUAACUUUGUCAAGGACAAAGUUCUUCAAUAUGUUUUGACCUUGCUGUCCCCAAUUUCCAGGAAAAUGGGACCAUCGAGAUUUUCCUUACCUUUUUUGGUCUUCUGUGGGAACUAUGGUAGCUACUAUGAUCCCCCUGGACUCCCAGAAGACAGGAUGUGAUCUCCCCACUAGCUCUUGUAUCCUAAUUUUAACAUACUCUUCCUAAUCCAGAAUCCAACAAACCCCUCCUCUCCCUCUCUUUUUUUGUAGUUUCCAUGAUUGGAGAUUUUUUUUUUAGAGAAUAAAAUUUGUCUUGCCUG